UGUGACAAUGAGCACGGAGACUGCACAUUUGGCUUCAGGUCAACAGUAGACUUUCACUUACAAAGGAGAGCUUCAGGGGGCAUACUGGGAGUAUACUGUCACUUAUAGCAGCAAACAAACGGAAUAAGAGUUUUAGAAAGUCCCAGCUCAAAGUGAAAGAGCUUUCUGGAAGAGGAAGUGGCACCAUCACCGGUCUUUGUGGAGGAAAAUGGCUGCUAGGUCAGAGGAGGAUUACUGCUGCCCUGCCUGCCAAGAUAUCUUCAAAGAUCCUGUCCUCUUGUCAUGUAGCCACAGCUUCUGUAAAGCCUGUCUGCAGAGCUGGUGGACAGGACGACAAGUCCACCAGUGUCCGAUGUGUCGGACGGUGUCUCAGUGCAGGGAUCCACCUCUUAACUUGGCCUUGAAGAACCUGUGUGAGGCCUUUGUACGAGACUCUGUGGCACUCUGCAGUCUGCACUCUGAGAAACUCAAGCUCUUCUGUCUGGACCAUCAGCAGCCGGCGUGUGUCGUCUGUCGAGAUGCAAAAAUACACUCUGACCACAGGUUCAUGCCGAUUGAGGAAGCUGCACAGGAUCACAGAGAGGAGCUCCAGAAAUCCCUGAAACCCUUACAGGACAAGUUAAAGACUUUUAAUAAAGUCAAAGCAGACUAUGAUCAAACAGCAGAACACAUCAAAGUCCAGUUUCGAUACACAGAGAGGAUGAUCAAGGAAGAUUUUAGGAAGCUUCACAAGUUUCUAGAAGAGGAAGAGGAGGCCAGGAUGGCUGCACUGAGGGAGGAAGAGGAGCAGAAGAGUCAGAUGAUGGAGGAGAAGAUGGAGGCUCUGAGCAGAGAGAUAGCAUCUCUUUCAGACACCGUCAGAGCCACAGAGGACGAGCUGAGAGCUGAAGACGUCUCAUUCCUGCACAACUACAAGGCUGCAGUGCAAAGAGUCCAGCAGCGCCCCCUGCUGGAUGAUCCACAGCUGCCCUCAGGAGCUCUGAUAGACGAGGUCAAACACCUGGGCAACCUGACCUUCAACAUCUGGAACAACAUGAAGGACAUGGUCUCCUACAGUCCUGUGGUUCUGGAUCCAAACACUGCCAAUCCAGAACUCUUUCUGUCUGAAGAUCUGACCAGUGUGAGACAUGGAAAAAUGCAGAAGCGGCCUGCAAACCCAGAGAGGUUUGAGUUCUGGGAUUCUGUCCUGGGAUCAGGACUUAACUCGGGGACUCACAGCUGGGACAUUGAGGUCGGAGACAACAAAGACUGGGAGCUGGGGGUGUUGGCAGAGUCUGUGUGCAGACAGGAGUUUGUGUGCUCUGCAGUGUGGAGUGUAGACUUCAGUACUGCUGGAUACAGAGCAUACUCCCCAGCAAAUAAAUACACCAACGUUCCAGUCGGAGAGAAGCUCCGGAGGAUCCGAGUUCAUCUGGACUGGGACAGAGGAGAGUUGACGUUUUCUGACCCUGACACUGACACACACAUACACACCUUCACACACACCUUCACUGAGAAACUGUGUCCCUUCCUUUGCACCAGGGAUGCACUUCCUCUGAGAAUAUUACCUGCGAAGGUCUCUGUAACAGUUGAGAGUCAGAUGCAUCUAGAUGUUUAGAAAAACUCUGUGCCGAAGGUAAUAGCAGUAUGUAGGCAAAACUUGUAUGCAAAAUUUCCUCUGAGUAUUUAAAGAACACAGACCGAAACUGUCCCACAAUGCUUUGUGCCUUGUCAAACAACCUGCUCAGUCAUAUUUCUAACAUGCACGUGUGCACAGUGGACAACAUUUCAGAGCUGAAAUUCAAAUACACACUGAAUUACCCAUUUUCAGGCAGCUGAAACUAGCUCUGCCAUCACACAUAGAAAAUAUCAGAAACACCUGUGAGUAUAACGCAUACAGUUACUUCAGGUGUUUUCACUCGUGGCUCUAGAAUAUG